AUGCGCGCACACAACGUAGCUUCAACAGCGGGCGCGAGUGCACUCUUGCUCGCCCUCACGGCGGCGGCGGAGGCGUCGUUCCAGCCUACAACGCUCACUGCCCCCUUCAUUGAGCAAUUCCAGGAACAGAUUCCUCAAUCGCGAUGGACCGUCUCGCGCGCGACGAAGCAGACUCCUGUGGGGGACGAGACGUUCUCGUAUGUCGGAACGUGGGCUGUGGAGGAGCCAGAGGUGUACCCUGGUAUCAAGGGCGAUACUGGUCUUGUCCUGAAAUCCAAGGCCGCCCACCACGCUAUAUCGACGCUGUUUGCCGAGCCGGUCGACCCGAAAGGCAAGCCCUUCGUCGUCCAGUACGAGGUCAAGCUUCAGAAAGGGCUAGACUGCGGAGGAGCGUACAUCAAGCUCCUCACGGAGAGCGCGGACGGGGAGGGGCUCAGGGCUGGCGCAGAAUACACGGAUAAGACUCCUUUCACCAUUAUGUUCGGUCCCGACAAGUGCGGCUCGACCAACAAGGUCCACUUCAUCUUCAGGCACCAGAACCCGAUCACGGGCGAAUGGGAAGAGAAGCACCUGCAGAACCCGCCGGCCCCCAAGAUUACGAAGACUACCGCGUUGUACACCUUGAUUGUCAAGCCGGAUCAGACAUUCGAGAUCCUUAUCAACGACGAGUCGGUCCGAUCCGGUUCGCUUUUGGAGGAUUUCGACCCGCCAGUAAACCCGCCCAAGGAGAUCGACGACCCGGAGGACUUCAAGCCGGAAUCAUGGGUCGAUCUCGCCGAGAUUGACGACGAGACCGCGUCCAAGCCCGCGGACUGGGACGAGGACGCGCCGCUCAUGAUCCUCGACACGACUGCGGUCAAGCCGGAAGACUGGCUCGAGAAUGAGCCCGAGAUGAUCCCGGACCCGGAGGCUGAGAAGCCGGAGGAGUGGGAUGACGAGGAGGAUGGAGACUGGAUCGCGCCGCUCGUGGCCAACCCGAAGUGUGAUGAGGUCUCGGGAUGUGGGAUUUGGGCUGCGCCUAAGAUCAGGAACCCGGAGUACAAGGGCGCAUGGACCGUCCCCAAGAUCCCCAACCCCGAGUAUAAGGGUAUUUGGGCCCCCAAAAAGAUCUCCAACCCUCAAUUCUUUGAAGACUCGACUCCGUCCGACUUUACCAAGAUUGCGGGGAUUGGAAUUGAGCUGUGGACGAUGACUGAGGAUAUCCUCUUCGACAACGUCUACGUCGGACACGACGCCGCGGACGCCAAGAAGUUUGCGGCCGAGACUUUCCACGUCAAGAAGCCGAUCGAGAAAGAGGCAGAGGGAUCUGACUCUGACGAGAUUGAGCUGGAGGCCAAGACUUUGUUGGAGAAGGUCCAGUUGAAGGUGUAUGAGUUUAUGCACCUUGCGACCGAUGACUUUAUGUCGGCCGUCAAGCAGAUGCCGGACGUCGCUGCCGGUCUUGCCGCUACGCUGUUCACGGUCCUUGGGAUGCUCGCUGCUCUCUUUGGUCUCAUGGGUUCCAAGCCUACCGUUGUCAAGAAGACAGCCGUCAAGGUCACUUCUGAAAAGCCCGUCCUCGCCAAGCCCGUCAAGACGACCCCUGGCGCCGAGCCGGUCGUACACGAGACGAUCGUCGUGCCGGCCGUGACGGAGGUGGUGGAGCCGGUGAUUGUUGUCCCGGCGGUGCCGGUGGCUGUUGAGGAUGCGGGCGCGAGGAAGAGGGCGACCAGGAGCAGUAAGGAGUAG